AUGUCACAAAGGGCACGCAAUUACCCGCCCGAGAACUACCAUACACCCUCGUUCCCCAGCAUCAACUGGCAGCUUAGAGACCUAACAGACGAUCAUCGCUGGAGCCUCUUUCACAUCGGCGACAUUUGGCGCUUCACCGUGCUAUGGACCACCAUCAUCUACGCCGUCGUGCACCUCGGUGCUGCGGCCAUCACCAUCGCCAUGCACACCAAUAAGCGGGGGUCGCUGACAUAUCUCUGGGCCGUGCCGCUUCUGUACCUCAUCGUAUCCGGCGUACAAGCACUGGUCGCGGGUAGCGUAGUUGGGCUCAUCCUCGGCGCGGUCUAUAACGCCGGUUUCUUCUCUAUGUCGACCUGGAUUCCGUUGCUCUGGGGCGUCAUCAACGUUCUCGUCCUCAUCAUCGCGUCCUUCACCAUCCAGGGUGGUCUGUGA